GAUAAACUAUAUUAUACACUACUACUAUCUUGAGAUUCAUAUUCAUGCUUUGAGAUCUGCAGCUUCUUAAUUUCCCUCGAGUAAUGCCCAAUACUUUCACAGGGAAGGCCAGUCACUGUAUCUCAUAGGAUAAAGGUUUGAGCAACUACAUCUCAUCUCUGUUGCAUUGUGAAGCCACACAAUUAGUUUUCCCGCCCAACAUCUUCAACUCUGAUGUAACUUUAACUCGAAGUAAAUACCAAAUUGCAACAGGUAUUUUAGAUAAUAGCUUCAAGUUUAUCUGCUUCGGAUUUUAUUACGAUGACAGGAUUCGGGGAGUCGUCUCCGCAAUCCAAAUCAGAUUUGACUUACCAUGUCUGCAAAUGCGACGGUUGAAUUCAAAGAUAAGAAUUAAUCUAUAUUACACUAUAAUCAUGACAAAAUACCCUGAUACCGACCAAACAGACUUUCGCAAUGCUAAGGCAGGAUGGCAAGGUGGCAUGGAAAAUUGUGUGAUCUAUUCUAAUAGCGAUCCCACCGUCAAAGUCUGGAAUAACGAUGAAUACGCAUCGUUCAUUAAUGACGAUGCCACCUGUCCCUCUACGGUCAACCCAUCUCUUUUCAGACAAUCACAACUCUGUGUUAAGCAGGGUCUCUUUGAGGUCGUUAAGGAUGGUGUCUACCAAGUCCGCGGUCUGGAUAUUUCCAAUAUGACUUUCGUCGAGACGCCUGAUGGAACUGGUGUUGUGGUCAUUGAUCCAUUGUGCUCGGUUGAGACUGCCCAGCAGGGUAUUUUGUUAUAUCAACAGUGCCGCAAAGACAAAGAUAUUAUCGCAAUGAUUUAUACACACUCUCAUGUCGAUCAUUUCGGUGGCGGGAGUGCCGUCGUUGCGGCCUCAGGUGGCACCGAAGAAGACUUUAGCAAAGGCACUUUGAAAAAUAUAUACGCACCUGCGGAUUUCCUUGACCAUGCUGUAAGCGAAAAUGUUUACGCGGGAAACGCAAUGUGUCGUCGAGCUGUAUACAUGUACGGUGAAUCGCUAGACAAAAGUCCCACGGGACAGGUUGGGACCGGCUUAGGUAUGGCUGCAUCAACCGGUGUUAGUUCGUUGGUCCCGCCUACGGUGAGCAUUUCUUCUACAACUGGAAAAUCUUAUUACAUUGGUGGUACCGAUAGUACCAAUGCCUUGGAAAUUCUUUUCCAGGUUACCCCUGGGACCGAAGCACCUUCAGAGAUGAACUUUUACUUCCCGCAGUACAGAGCUCUUUGCAUGGCGGAGAAUGCCACACAUACUCUGCAUAAUAUUCAGACGUUGAGAGGUGCAUUGGUUCGUGAUUCAAGAGUCUGGUCUCGGUAUUUGGACGAGGCAAUAGUUCUUUAUGGAGACGAAAGUGACUAUCUUUUCGCCAGCCAUCAUUGGCCAACUUUCAAAUCCGAUGGAGGCAAUGAAAUCGUCGAGUUCCUUUCUCAACAGCGUGAUCUCUAUGCAUACAUGCACAACGAAACUCUCCGACUCCUUAACGACGGGCAAACUGGUCUAGAAAUUGCAGAAUAUUUUGAGUUACCACCUAGCCUGAACAGACUAUGGAACGCAAGAGGCUAUUAUGGCUCUAUCAGCCACAAUGUCAAAGCAAUAUACAAUCGCUACAUGGGUUGGUUCGACGGCAAUCCCGCUCACUUGUGGGAACAUCCACCAGUGGCCAUUGCAAAACGUUACGUAGCAUGCAUGGGUGGUAUGGAAAAUGUCGUUGCGAUGGCCAAAAACAAUUAUAUCAAUGUCGAUGAGCCUGAUCUCCGCUUCGCAGCCACGCUUCUCUCUCAUGCUGUCUUCAGCGAUCAAGAGAAUGCCGAUGAUGCAAAACAAGCGCUCAGUGAAGUCUUUACUAAAUUGGGAUAUGCCGCGGAAAACGCAACAUGGCGAAACUUUUAUCUUUGUGGUGCGCUGGAAGUAACGGGACUCACCCAAAAAGCUUAUAACUCAAUAGAUGCUGCGUCCAUGAUGGCACUGACUAUUGAACAAUUGCUGGAUACACUAGCUAUUCGAAUAAACGGCCCCAAAGCCUGGGAUGUCAUACCUUUCCAGAUCGAUAUCAUGCUCUCAGAUGUAGCCAAGACAGAUGGAAGUAGUAACAAAUCGGGCUGGCACGUGAAUUUCGGUAAUGCCACUAUGACGGAUCAUGAGAUUGACUACUCAGAUACACCAAAUAUUGGUGUGAACUUCACUUUCUGGGCCGGACAUCAAGACCUAGUUGAUUUGGUAGAUGGUGCUCGUAAGAAUUUUACUGGUUUGACUACCCAGGGGGAUUCCAAGGUGUGGGAUACACUUUUCGGGUUAUUGGAGCCGUUGGAUAGGGGAUUCGCUAUCGUUACUCCGGAGCCUAAUAAUCUCAAAGCUUGAUUCGAUACCUUGGGGUUUCAUGCUGGCGGGAAUGAGGUGGCUACUUAUUAUUAAUCGGAAGCACUUUUCCUAUGCUUUCAACAAGCAGAGUAUUAGUAGGUGGAAGUAGUAGCGGUAGUGAUUUCAAAAUUGAUUUGGUUUAACUAUAACUAUGCUAUGUGGACUUAGCGAUAUAUAUAAGUAAAUUUUAUACUAUACA